AUGGAAAUGGAUGGUGUCAAGGAGAAUGCCUGGUGGACUUUGCCUGAAAACUUUGAUUCCCCACUUGUGACAUUCAGAGAUGAAGCCCAGGAAGAACACAUAUUUGGCAUCGAAGACUUACGCCUCAGACGCAUCGAGCUACACAGCAACACCCUCAUUCAGCUGGAGAGGUGGUUUACAGCCUCAGGCCAGACUCGAGUCACUGUGGUUGGACCACUCAGAGCAAAGAGGUGGUUGAUGGAUAUGAUUCGGAGAGUGAGGAGCCAGCAAGCUUACCACCAGGCCCGAGGUGAAAAGAUGUUGCAUCUUGUCCAGAAGCAACCCCUGACCAACGCUGACUUGGAUUCCUCUUUCAGCACACUGGCAUACAUAUGUGGCCUGAUUCUUGAUAUUGUUUUUGGGUUCUGA